AUUGUUAAGUAGAUAAAAAAAUACAAAAUUUUAUGAUGGGAAAAAACAGCUGAGACAUUUUUAACAGAGAAAUGUGACGACAUCCUGAAGGCAGAAGCUUCUUAAAGAGACAGAAUCCCAACUUCAAGGAAUUAAAUGUUGACGUAAAAUUUCUUUUAAGUCAUAUUUGCUAUAUAAAUAUAACAACUGAAGGUAAUAUAGUUCUUAGAUGUGCCUUAAAAUGGAAUUAUGUGGCUAAAAAUAAAUACUACUUCCAAUUUAAGAAGUGUUGUGUUCAUUGCAGAGUCAUAAAAACAGAAAACUAAAUAUGGAAGUUAUUGCUCUGCCCAGUUCAGAUCACAUUUUGUUCUCUGGCGAUUAGAUGCUGGUUCUUUCAGAAAAUAAUGAAUUUUUCAUUAAGUUCUGUUUGGUUCUGGUGGGAACCAGGAUCUGAACUGUUCUGCAGCGUUGCGUCACCGAGUCGCCGUUCUUCCAAACAGAAACUCUCAACAACCAACCAGGAUCAACGUUUCCUCAGCAGCUGCUUCCAAUUAAUCCCAACAAGAACAGCCUCUCUCUCUCUCUACCCAUGUUACCACAUGAUGCACUGCCUCGCUCGCCCACCCGCCCUCUCCACAGUCGGCAUGUCGUCAUGAAUGUGUUAUUAAUCUGAAAACACUCAGAACAGACUAUUAGUUUCAGAUUUUCAAACAUUUCAUCUGCUUUGUUAGUUCCAGACUAAAUUAAAUGUUCGACUGUAAAUAUUUGGGAUUUUCAGGAAGCUCCGCGUUGGGAAGGUCGUCUCUAGUUUCUUUGUGGCUGCAGGACAGUUUCAGCUUUAAUUCCCCAUAUAAGCUAUCCUGGUUUCCCUCUCCGUCUUUUCCCAAACUGUUAAAAGGAUUUAAUACAAGUUGGAAGAAGUUUCUCGUUAUCCUGGACGGAUCUUUCCAUUCCUCAGAAAAAUGCUUCCUCAUAUCAAGGGAAGGAUUUGAAGAAGAACCAGAAAUCCUGGACAGAGGUUCAGAUUCUCUGAUCAGAAGAGCUUCAUAUGAGCAGAAAGAGGGAGAGAGAGAGAGAGGAGCUGGAAGGACGCAGAGGAGGACGGAGAAUGAAGAGGCAGCUGUGGAUCUGAAAACCGGUUGCCAUGGGAAACACAGACAGUCACAGCAGCUUCAGCUCUCCGGUCAAACCCUGCGGCUCCCUCAGGUUCUCCACCAAGAAGGAAGAGGUAACGUCGGCCCGCAGCUGGUGGCGGAGCAGCCAGAGCCGGGGCCAGGGCCACCAGGGCCAGCAAGCCUCCUGGCAGUACGAGUCCGCGCCCAGAGGGGGCGCCAAACAGAGUGUGGGAUGCCCUCAGAGGUUCAACCAAGGCGAGCGGACGCAGGACGGCCGCAGGAGUCCGUUUGGAUUCCAGGGGCCUAACGGUGAUCAGGCGUCCCUGCAGUGUGGCGGCAGUCCCAAGGUUCUGCUCAGCAAAGAUGGCAGCAUGAGGGUGGAGUUUACGAACGCCAGGGUGGUUCCUGUUGAGCCGCAGGGCCCACCACCCUCCAACCUCCACCCAGAGUCGUCCCACCGCACCAGCAAGGGCAGCUCGCUGAGCUCAGAGGGGUCCUGGUACGACUCGCCGUGGGGCGCCGCCGGCGAGCUCACCGACAGCGUGUUCGUCUGCGGACAGAGCGUCGACACCAGCAGCGGCUACAACACCUGCUCUUCCACUCAGGUGGAGGACGUCUCACCUGGGUUUAGCUCCGCCCUCCUGUUCCCUCCUGCAGAGGGCGCCAAAGGCCACAACAGCUGCUCCUCUGGCCGCACUGAGGACAGCGGCAUCGGGGACUCUGUCAUCCUUCAGCCUGACCUCCAUGACCUCAACCUGGCGUCACCGUCAGACUUCCACAGCAGACAAAACGCGCUUCCAGCCUUUCCAACGUCAGCAGACUCUUUCCUGCAGCAGCAGCUGCUACCAGCUAUGGACAACGUCAUCCAGGAGGAGGCGCCGUCCGUUGGAGGCAUCGAGCCGCGGUACUUCUCUCACACGCUGCCCAAUCGUAAAGCCGAGCCUGUGAGCGCCGCCUUCUCCGGGAACAACCGGAAAGACUUUCUGAAGAGUCGGAUCCGACAGCUGAGCGACUGGACGGGCAGUUUGAGCCGCAAGAAGAGGCGGAUCCAGGAGCCACACAGCAGCGACUCCUCCGGCGUCUUCAUCAACAGCCUGAACGCCGGCGCUCCUUGGCCUUCCAACCCUCUCCUCCAGUUGAGCCAGAACCAGUUCCUUCCGGCCGACUGGGACUUCUCCAGGAGCCUGGAUCAGAACCAGAGCAGCGACGCUCAGCGGCAGAACGUCUACAGGAGCUUCAUGCGGGAGCUGGAGACGGGCUGCGGCGGCGCGGCCGACCGGAUUGAGCCGUCAGAGGACGACGACGACGCAGAGGAGGAGAUGGAGGAGGAGGCAGGAGGAGGCGAUCUGGACGGGUUGCUGGAGGCGGAUCAGGGCGCCGUGCGGCGCGCGGGGUGGCUCUACUUCAAAUCGCUCAUCAGCGUCAGCAAGGACAGGAAGCUGGAGCUCGUCGCCCGCCGGAAGUGGAGACGCUACUGGGUCACACUGAAAGGCUGCAGUCUGCUGUUUUACGCGACGUUUGGGCGGAGCAGCGGCGCCGAGCAGGACCUCUCUCCUCGCUACGCUCUGUUAGCGGACGACAGCAUCGUCCAGGCCGUCCCGGAGCAUCCGCGCAGGGAGCACGUCUUCUGUCUGAGCAACUCGCACGGAGACGUCUACAUGUUCCAGGCCACUAACCAGACAGACCUGGAGAACUGGGUGACUGCGAUCCACUCGGCCAGCGCCACCCUGCUGGCCAGGCGUCAGGGGAAGGAGGACACGCUGCGGCUGCUGCGCUGCCAGAGCCGCUCGCUGCUGCACAAGAUCGACAUGGACGGGAAGAUGAAGAAGAUGGCCGAGCUGCAGCUGUCCAUCAUCAAGGACCAGAAGAACCGGCGGGCAGUGGAGAGCCAGAUCCAGCAGUGGGAGCAGAAUCUGGAGAAGCUGAACCUGGACCUGUUCCGGCUCCGCUGUUACCAGUCCAGCCUGCAGGGCUCCGAGCUGCCCAACCCAAAGAGCCUCCUGGCCGUGGCCAGCCGCCCCUCCAAAGCUUCACUGGGAAGACUGGGAGUCUUCUCCGUCUCCUCCUUCCACGCUCUGGUGUGCAGUCGUGAGGACGGGACGCUGCGCCGGCGCUGCAGGUCUGUGUCGGGAGGCCGGAGGAGAGGCCUGCCGUCCUCCCUGAAGGUUCUACCCAAACCCAUCCAGGACGGAAAACUCUCGGACCACCAGGUUCUCCAUCGUCACGUCUCGGCACCGUCUGCUCAGUCCGUUCCUGCUGUCUGCUGGUCAGAAACUGUGACCUGCGUGUCCAAACAAAGUGAGGUGCUGCCCUCUGCAGGACAUGUGGCAGAACUGCAGCUGAGCGAGGAGAGUCCUCCUUCAGCUGCUGGAGUCUUCAGCCUGAACGUCUGUCGACCAAACACAGAGCAGGACUUUGGUUUUGCGGUGACGGGUCACGUGGACGGAGCGGGUAAAAGUCACGUGUUCGUCAGUGACGUCGACCCGAUGGGCCUGUCGGCCAGAGGAGGCCUGCUGGCCGGAGACGAGGUGCUGGCAGUGAACGGGUCAGCCGUGUCCGGACUGGACCUGGAUCACCUCCAGACUCUCUUCAGACAUCAGAGUCUCCGCCUGCUGCUGAGGAGAGACGAGCUGCCUGACGCGGAGGAGCCCACCAUCGCAUGGCCUGACCCCGCUGACCUCUGGGUCAAACAGUCCGACCUGCACACCUGGACCUCAGAUGCUGCGCCCCCUGCUGGCAGUGACCCGUCAAUGCCGCUCAAGCAGGAAUCACCUGAACAGAACACGGACCGGGUUUUCUCCCUGUACCAAACCUUCCCAGAGAGCAAAACGUCGGACAUUGAUGUUCCCAGAAACCCGUACGUCAGAGAGGGAAGUCUGCAUCCGCCAAGCCCCGCCCACCUGAGCGUCUGUCAGCGGCUACGGAAAGUCAUCCAGGAGCUGGUCGACACGGAGAAGUCCUACGUCAAGGAUCUGGUUUGUCUUUUUGAAAUCUACCUGACGCCGCUGCAGAACGAGACGUUCCUCAGUAAAGACGAGAUGGAGGCGCUGUUCGGCAGUCUGCCGGAGAUGUUGGACUUCCAGAGAGUUUUUCUCCAAACGCUGGAGGAGAGAAUCGCUUCCUGUCCGGACUUCAGCAGUUUGGAAACUCCUGAGCAGUUUAAGAUGCUCCUCUUCUCAUUGGGUGGAUCCUUUCUUUAUUACGCCGACCACUUCAAGCUCUACAGCGGCUUCUGUGCGAACCACAUCAAAGUCCAGAAAGUUCUGGAGAGAGCGAAAACAGACGCAACCUUCAAGCACUUCCUGGAGACGAGGAAUCCGACCAAUCAGCACUCGUCUUCUCUGGAGUCGUACCUGAUCAAACCUGUUCAGAGGGUCCUGAAGUAUCCACUGCUGCUGAGGGAGCUGGUGUCUCUGACUGAUGCUGAGAGCCCCGAACACACACACCUGACAGAGGCGCUGAGAGCGAUGGAGAAGGUAGCGAGUCACAUCAAUGAGAUGCAGAAGAUCUAUGAGGAUUAUGGCUGCGUGUUUGACCAGCUGGUAGCCGAGCAGAGCGGCGCUGACAAACAGGUCACAGAGAUCUCCAUGGGGGAGUUCCUGGUCCACUCGCCGGUGGUCUGGUUGAACCCUCUGCCGUGUCUGCGACGGCUGAGGAAGGAGCCUCAGCUCACGCUGUUCGUGUUCAAGCGAGCCGUCAUCCUGGUUCAUCGUGAGAACAAGCUGAAGAAGAGAAUGACGAGCUCCCGUUCAGCCGAUCUGGACCCCUUCAGGUUCCGCUGGUUGAUCCCAGUUUCAACGCUUCAGGUCCGACCGGCCAACAUCCCAGGUUCAGAGGACCCCUGUGUGUGGGAGUUGGUUCACAGCAGGUCAGAGGUCGAGGGUCGACCAGAGACGGUCUUCCAGCUGUGCAGCAGUGAUCUGGAUGCGAAGGCCGCUUUGCUCCGCGCUCUCAGCUCCCUACUCAAAGACCAAGCUGCUAGCGGCUCCCUGAGGAGAACCCGGCCGUCCGCCGCCGAGAGGAGCGCCACCUGGAGGAGGCGGCCCAGACCCGGCCGCUCCGACCUCCAGAGAACCGCUCCUCAUCCGCCGGCGGAGCGCUGCGGCGCCCUGGAGGAAACCUGCUCCGAGCCGCCGCUGCCGAGCCAUGCCGGCUCCUCCGGGAUGAGGCCCAGACUCUGCUCCCUGACCGGAGAGCUGGAGGCGCAGCUGCAGCGCCUCAACUUCUCCGAGGACGACCAAGGAGCGGCGCAGCGCCUGGACGAGGAGAAGAGGCGGACCUCCAGUCUGCGGCGGGGUGCAGCCAGAGACGGACUGGACUUCAGCAGCUUUGUGGGGAGAGACUUCAGCAUUCAGAGCAUGACGUCCAUGAUCAACGAAGACUGCUUCUACGACCCGGUGCUGGCGAUCCAAACGGACGACAUUAACCUGCUGACUUAAACCUUCAUCUCUGUCUUCUGAUUGGACCUGAGGGAAGUUGGAGCAUAAAUUAAAUGUUUGUGCUGCAAAAACUCACAAUCUUAUAAAAUAUUUUUGGUCUAGCUUCUAGAACAAGUAUCUUAGUAAAUUAGACCAAAAUAAUUUUUGUAAGAUUUUGUAUUUUUGUCGUGUUUUUUCAGCAAAAACUUUAAUUUGUGCCGCUGUCAUUUUAAAGAUAUUUAUAAAUGUUUCCAAGGGUCAUCAAAGGUCAGCCAGACACCACAUAUUUACAAAACUAAGCAAGUUUGGUGUCAAUCAACUGUGCAACAAAUAUUUUAACUGCACAAACGUAGAACAAUAAAUUAAUAUCCAUUUUGUUUGAUUUUAUUAAUGUGGGGUGAGGAGGGCAAGUUGAUCUAAGGAAACUUUUAUUUCAAAAAAUUGUAAAAUUUAUAACGACACAAAAAAAAAAUUUGCAGCUCAAACAUAAAAUUUUUAUUGACAUCAUAUUUUGUAGGAUUUUGUAAAUGUGGACUGGCUGAUUGACCUUUAAUGACCUCUGGAAAUAUUUAUUAAGAUGUUUAAAAUGAUAGAGGCACAAACAACAUUUUUGCUGCAGGAAGCCAAGUUCACUCAGGUCCUGAUUGGCUGCUACAGAAACGCCUCCUGAUUAAACCAGCAGAUGUUUCCAGAUGCUGAAGCUCAACAAAGUCCUAAAAUAAAUUUCAUCUAAACCGGAUCUGAAUCUGGAGUUUCUACCGUUCAAUGUGGAGAAAUGUUGAGAUAAAUUUCAAUAACAAAAAAGUUUUAUAGGGAAAAGAUUCAGAGAAAACAGAGAAUGCAGAUUUUAAGCUGAAUUUCUUUUAAUGUUUUCAUCAAUGAAAAACAGAAACUGUCUAAAAACGGAUGUCACUGGUUUUAGCUCCAGUUUUAAUCACAAACAUUUUUUUCUCAGAUGACAAAAGUAUAUUUGUCAAAAUUUGAUUCUCAGUUCCUAAAAUAUCACUAUAUUAUUCGGACGUUUUUGUAAGUUAUUAACGCUUUAGUCAGUUUUUUCAUGUAAAAUAAUUUAUUCAUAAAAUAUUUAUGUUUUGUUUUGUCAAAAACUGACUUUAAAAUUCAAAUGUUUUAUGGAGAUAUUUUAGGUAUUUUUCUCUGAUAAUUUUUGUAUUAAUUUAAAGGGUUUGAAUCAUAUUUUUUUAUACGUUUUCUAUACUUUAUUUAAAUUAAUUUCCUGCACUGUUGUCUGGGUCAGAACCUUUGAGAUCCAACAAACCGGCACCAGCAGAAAAUAUAAAACAGAAGCAAAUAAUGAUUUAUUUGUGUUUCAGACAUUGUUUUCUCUCUUAAACGUGAUAUGAAAACACAUAAACCAGAAGAGAUUUUCUUUUCCCUCAAAGACAAACUGGAAACCAUGGAAACAUUUCUGUCUUUUACUGAGAUUUAUUUAUUUUGUUAUUCUGCAAGGAGGAGAUUUAAUAAGAGAGGAAGUUGAUCUUCAGUUUGUCGAGUUUAUAAAGAUCUGAAGAGAAGCUUGCCCUCUGGAAAACUUUGAUUUUCCAUUUUUAUAUCACCUAGAUGUCUGAACAGAAUCACCAAGUGAAACCAGCCGAAUGUUGAUGUUUGGAUCCUGAAUUUGUUUUAUAUUUUAUAAAUCACUGUUGUAAAUAUCCCUCUGUGUGCAGCUUAAGCUCCAGUUGUAAAUAUUUUUAUUUGACAAAAGCAGUUUCUGGAUAAAAAUCCAGAGCCGCUGCUUCAUAUUAAAGCCUUUCGUACGUCUGUCACCAUCUCUAUUUAUAUUGUUUUUUUUAAAUAAUAUUUCUGUUGAAAGGUGACUGUUUCAUUAUAAAAUGAAAAAUUAUUUGAGGAACUGUCAAAGUUUUUGGUAAUUUAUUUUUUAAAAUAUUUGCUUACUUCUGUCAAUGAUGAGGUGCUGUUAAACACUGAUAAAAUGCAGAAUAUUUCAUAAAACUGAUUUUUGA